UAAAUUAUGAAUGGAUGGCCAAGUCUUGGCUAUAGCAUGGGCCCUUAAAUAUUACAAGGUCCAUGGUUAGAGAAAGCGAUUAUUAAACGACCUUGAGUUACCGGUCGGGUCAUGUCAGAGGAUAAAAACAACUCACUAAGCCGUUUGGCAAUCCAGUUGUUGUGAGAGUCUAAAACCGGUGGUUGUCAAAAUUUUAUUGGAUAAGGAUACGACAAAAGGAAGAUGAUUUCGUUAUCAGUGAAUGUCAAGUUACUGAAAAUCAUUAGUAAGCGAGUGUAGCAAUUAUUGUGUACAUACAUAGUAGAAUAGUUGGGAUACGUGUAAGUCGUGUGAUAUGGAUUGGUGUACUGCUGGCAAUAACACCCGUGUUCUGCUGCCAAGAAAUCUCUCUUAUUCACAUGAUAGUCUGUUGGAUAAUUUUAGUGUAUGUUCAAAGUUUGUGUAUAAUCAAAAGAUAGAGAAAUACGAGAAAUCCAACCACAGGGGAAAUAUCAGGAUGGCAGAGGCUCACACGGAUGGUCCUGUAGUGAAUGCCGGUGGAAUAAGUGGUAAAAUAUAUCACAGACAGACAUCAUCUGGAGAUUCCCAGGAAUCGGAAGAAGGCAUUUACGUGAACAUGUCGGAUGACCUCGAUUCCGCCGAGGACUCUGCUAACGAAACGCUGGAAAGCAAGGCCAAUACUUCUGCCGAUUCAAUGUUCAGUCCGGAUGAAAAUAAUGAUGACCUUGGCUUGUCCCCUGAAGGUCAUAGUGUCAAUCUGGAGAAGGCCGUUAACAAAAUCGCCAUCGGAAUGCAGCCGAAUCCAGAAUUACGGAUAGACUUGUGUGAUAGAUCAAACGGUGGAUCUAGGCAAUCUAUAUACGAUUUGAUAUCUGAUAGUCCAGUAUAUGAGGAUUCGGAAUUUAAUUUUUCACGAGCUGAAUUAAGGAAAUCAUCAUCUUUAAAAACAAACAAAACUCCACCGGGAACACCGAGAAGGAAAAAAGCUGUACGUUUCGCGGAUGCUAUGGGUUUGGACUUGGAAGAUGUAAGGCAUAUAUUGAACGUAGAGGCACCGCCAAAAAUACCCGCGUCAGCGAUGAAAGAUCUGCGCGUCGGCGUUGAGAAUGACCGGCAAAUGGUAGGAACUCGUUUUUUGUCGGCGUGUUUUAGUCAACCGGGAGCUUCAGCAAAUUUUAUGCAACGAGUUAUGGCCGAAAAAGUUUGUUUAGAAAAUGCCGUGAUUACUGAUAUGACAAUUACUGGAGUAGUUAGAGUAGCAAAUGUUGGAUUUCAUAAAGCAGUUCGUAUACGAUUUUCUACAAACAAUUGGGUGUCGUUUCAUGAUAUUGCAGCGUCAUAUGUUAUGAAUUCCUGCGACGGACCGACGGAUCGUUUUUCUUUCAGUAUUGUGGCCCCAAUGGAGUUAGGUGUGGGAUCCAGGUUAGAAUUUGCUGUGUCAUACACUGUCGGAGAAACUGUUUAUUGGGAUAACAAUUUUAGUGCUAACUAUGUUUUUGAGUGCUUUGCUAAAACUAUACCAACAGAAAAUGAUUCUUACUGGAUGCAUUUUUUAUGAAGUUAGGUAUUUUAAUUGCUUCGUAGUGCUUUUUGGGUGACGCAUUUUAAUUGGUGCUUUUGUAGGACCUUAAUUUUAAGUACCUUUAUUAGAGAUAUUAAUUUGUUACGAAGUUUUAGAAAGUUGCUGGUCACAUUAAGCGAUACAUAUUUCUUAUUAUUAUAACAAUCCCUUGAAACUUUGCAUUCUAAUUGCUAUCCUGUAUAUUCUUGCUUAUUUGUUGAAUGCUUGGUGAUAUUAGUAUACUGACACUGGUAUUGAAAUGGCGCAUCGGAACACUUGUAUUAUAAAACAAAAUGAAGUGCGACCUUUGCAAAUCACGUUUACAGAACCAAUCAGGUCAGCGUUAUUAUACGUUUAUGGUCUAACAGAAGUAAAGAGAUAAUUAUCUAUUACUGUAGCUAAAAUCACUUGUCAGGUUUUGUGAGUAUUCUCAACAAUAAGAAGGGACACCUCCCUUUGUUAUUCACUAAAAUCUGAAACCUUACUUUGACAUGGGCAAAGAGAUCUCAGGUUGCUGCUAGUGCUACAUUAUUGCUGAACAAAACUAUAUUCCUUAAAUUUCUUUAUUGAUCCACUGCCUUUAUUCGAGACUCUGAAGCCAGAGCAAGUGGAGAUUUUACAUCUUGAUGGUUAUCAUACUCUAUCCCUAGUAGAAGAUUCCCAGACCACGGAUCGUCAAUGAUCUUUCACAUGAUAAUUAUCACCGUAGGGGUCCAUGCUAGUGGAGCUCUUUCCGAGAGCCAGUGUCACAGACUAUUACAUAAAAGUAUUACCAUAAAGACAUGUCUGUCCACUUCUGGUUGUAAAGUUUAAAGGAUCUAAAUCUCUUAACUCAAUGUUUUCCAUAAUAUUCGAAAUUAAAAACAUGAAUUAGAAUUCAAAAUUGGUCAAUUUCAAUCCAUAUUGAUGUUGCUAUCUUGCCGUGAAAAUAUAGGAUCCUAAUCUAUAAUAUAAACUAAUAUUUGUGACUGUAGUUUGUUUGUCUGUCUGUUCAGUGUUAGGUUAGCGGCUACACUAGGGCUGUCCCGAGGCUGAAAUUUGGUGUAGAGGUGUAGCUCGGACCGGGGAGUAACAUAGGCCAGGUGGCGAUGGAUUACCACUUCCGGUUCAUUGCUAUACCCACUCAACACCGUUUUAACCGCGAUUAUCCAAUAUUUAAGACAUAAUACACGAGUCGAGUAUUCUAUCGUUUCGGGUUCCAUUUUUUUGUAAUGAACAGAUAAAACAUCCUACAAGACAUGUAUGUGGAAGUAAUUAUUAAAAUAAAACGUAGAAUGGACUAAGCAGACGUAAAUGACGCCGUUCAAUUUGGACUGUUCACGUUUUUCACCGGACAUAAUUGAUUCCAAAUUACAAUAUUUUUGUUUCAGAAGUUGAAUAUAAAUCAGUUUAGAUACAUUCAUGUUACAUUAAUGUGUGCUUCUAAAUCCAUUUUCGUCAAUUUCAAUGUUCCGCAAAUAGAGCCAUACGCCAUUUAAGCUAGAAAUUAUUCCGAGAGUCCAUGUCACAGACUCACAAAUAAAAGGUAUUACCAUAAAUAUACAUGUAGGUCUGUUCACUUCUGUGGCAACUUGUGAAACCUGUAUUAUGAUAUAGGGUUUUUACCAUGUUAUUAUAUAAUUCCUGGUGCAUGGACCGUAUCUCUGUUAUUGUUUAGCACUUAAGCAUUUUAAUUGUAUUUGUUUACUGUAGACCGAUAAUUUGAAUAUAUCAAAUGUGAUUCCUACUUGUAGAUGCACCUGAAAAUAAACCAAGCGUGUACACCUAGUCAAUAGUAGUAUAUAGAUAAAUACUUAAAAAUAACAUAAUCAACAAUGGCACAAUAUGUCUUAUACAUUGUUGAAUGUACUGGUUAAAAUAGUAAGUAGGCAACGCAAUUAAAGUUUUGACAUGACAAAACAAAGUUGAAAUAUAGAGUUUAAGACCAUACACAAUCAACAGUAACUACUUGUAUUUAAAAAAAACCCAUUUUGGUCCCAAAAGUAUUCAGAUAUGCCUGUUCGAAGUUUCAGACAGGUAUAGCAACAACAGUUGUGCUAUCACUUUCGUUCACACCAGCUCAUUCUUCGUGAAGAUCUUUUAUAUUUAGAUAUGGAUAAUUGUGUAAUAACAACAGUCUUCACAUUAAUAAAAACAGUAAAUGUACAUAGUUUUGACAAAGUACUCAUUGUUAAUACAUGUAUGAAUAAUAAAAUUGUCAUUGUAUUUAAACUUUUGGGUGACAAAGGGUUCGACUUUAUGGUGUCAGUAAUACAAGAUACGCUAUCACGCAUAAUCCACGGUGUAGACUUACAGUUAAAUCCCUGAAAAAUACCGAAAAACAAAAGAAAGUUUUGAUUUUUGAAUAUUACAACUCUAUAGGGCAUUUUAAUAAUAAGGGUUUGAAUAAUUGAUAAGCGAAAAGACACAAUGGAAAAAGAAAACAAAUGCUGAAUAAUGCGCCUUGAAACUUCCUAAAUACAUAAUAAAAAAAAGUUCAUUUUUAAAAAAAAAAAAGUUAACCUGUGUACAUUACCAUGAAGUAUAACGUGUGUAGUUAGAAGCUAUAAAAUCGUUUGGUUUUUUUGUUCUAGGUACUCUCAAAUAUAUAAUAUGUAUGUUCAAAAGUGUUGGUAGGUAAGGUGAAACGUAGGUCAGAUAGUAGAUCAAUAACCCACCGUCUGCUUAUAGAUUUAUAAACAGACUUGAUUUUCCUGCCUUUUUUACCACAUAGUAUAGACGUUGUCUUAGAGGCAUACAUGAUAAUCGAGAUUUCACACGCAUAAAAACGUGUCUGUGUGUAUAAAUAUAUUUUUAGAAGGCGUGCUGAUUUGCUUCCCAGUACCAAAUCAUCCCAAUUUCUCUCUGAUUUAUCAUACGGCUUAUAGGCCUGCCUCCAACUACAGAAAUAAAUAUCGUAAUCAUAGUUAUAUAAUAUGUAAUACUUAUUAUCAAUGGUUAGUGCUUUAUGAUUCCUUAUAUGCAACCAUUUUGAAUAUUGAAGCACUUUGGUACAGUAAGAAAUUUGACAGGUGAAUAUUAUCAGACCAGUGAAAUAUACAAUCGUCACUUUUUAAGGCAUGUGAUGUAUAUAAAUUUAUAGAUAUAUUAUACUACUUGUUCGUAACUUUCAACAGCCCGUCAGUUAUGCCAGAAUUUGAAUGAAUGUGCAGUAUUAUGAUUGGCAACGUUCACUCAAGACUUGUCAGCCUUAUGUGUGGAUUUUUGUUCGGUCCAUUUGUGCCCAACUAAACAACAGAGUUGAUGGAAGUAUAUUAUGUUAUCUUGCCCUGCACACGAUGUGUUAUUUGCCACAUACAAUCUGUCCAUUACAUACAUUUAAUAAAAGUUUGAUAGAGGGAGGUCAUUUAAUUACGCCAAGAGUAAAGGUUUUAAUGCCGACAAACCCGAACAAAAAAUUAUUUCGUUUCGUGUUUUGUUUUUAUACAGACUUGCUGUUUGAGCUAUCACCCUUAUUCUUGACCCUGCAUGCUUCUAUUGUCUUAAAAAGAAUACAUAUCCAACAACCUUUGUUGACUGCCCUAAAACCUGAGUUGCUGUGGUGGUAUGUUGCGUUGCGUUGCUGUGGUGGUAUGUUGCGUUGCGUUGCGUGGCAAACUAUCCUUUACUGUAGUUUUGUUUUUGAAGGACUUAUAGCCUCAAGGUCGUAUUUACCCCAUUCAUUCCUACAUUGUUAACCCCAUCGAUUAUUUCCCUUGUUUUAGACUUUGCACGUAGGGGUUGUCUCAUAUCUUUUCUUUUUUGAAUAAAUCUAAACUAUUUCAUUUUUAAAUGAAAAUGCAUUAACAUUGUGAUUUGUUGGAAACACAUAGUAGGUGCAUGAUAUGCCCUAAAAUAAUACAAGGUUUUCGUCGUCUUAUUUUCGUCUGUUUGUAAAAUGUUACAUGUUGUGUGGUACCCCUCACUUAUUAUAUAUACGUGUAUAUAUAUAGAGAGAGAGAUCAAAAAUCCACUUAGACCCAGACUCUUGCAUAAUACGUUCAAGCCCAAUGUUGAUAUUAUGAAUAUAAGCUUUAAGAGAGAAGCGAAAAUAUUGUUAUAUAAUAACUUAUUAAACAAAAAAUGAAUUAUUAUUUUAUGCCAUCAAAUGUGUAUAUUAUGUUAUUGUUUUCUAUUCGUGGUAUAUAACAAAUAGAUUAUAUAUCUUUAGACAAUCAAAUUGUAGAAAAAUAUAUAACAGGUCUCAUCAUGGUGCAUAUUAACGAUGUGAUAUAAGAAAUGUUGUAUAUAUAUAUAUUACGGAGGCCAACUUGUAAGUGGGUAUACUCUAUACUCAAUAGACUUUGUACAGCUAGACAAUUAUAUCUUUCGUUCUUGUAACGAACUCUCUUUUUUUUCAUUUCACAAAAAAACUAUCCCAUAUUUGCAUUCGUGCAUUUUAUAACGUAUUAUUAUAUAAUUAAAGUCUUCAAUUAUCGAGUAUCUUAAUAUUGUCUAUUAUACAAGGGUGUGUGCCACUGUUCACCACAAAAAGUUGAAUGAAUUUAGUAGGCCUAUUAUUGUCGAGACUACCUCUAUCUUUGGAUAAUUGAUAUAUAUAAUACCACAAUAUAAUUAUUGCCACAGCAUGACAAAACUAGGACUUUGACAAAGCAAAAUAUUUAUGUUAUGAUAAUAUCAACCUUAUUUUGUCGUGUCAUACCUACAAUAUUGUUGUGUCGAGAUAGUUUGCCAUGGUAUUGACACAAGAGAAAGACGAAAUGCAGGACAAAUCAAUACAACAAAAUUUAUGUUGACGAAACAAAAAUAAAACAUUUCUCAGUCGCCAGAUUUUGUCGUCAUAAAAAAUAAUUGUAAUAAAAAAAAAUCGUGUAUCAAAAUGACUGGACCUCUUUGAUAUACAUCAUAAAAAUGUCGAUGUAAUUAUGUUUGAUGUGUUGAUUUGCUUAGUGAAGUGGGUAUCUAUCUACAUUUAGAACCAAUGAUACGAGCUCAUUCUGUGUUGCACUGCCAACAAUUAAGCCAUUCUGAACAUCUGAGACACGCUACCUGCGGAGAAGCUAGCCACCAAUUAAUUUUCUUACGUUAGUUACGUACGCAAUUAAGCUUAAAGCAAAACUAAAGUUAGAAACAAGCUUAUAAUUGGAGGGUCUAGAGCACAAGUAAUCUAACAACCAACUAAAAUGGUUGGUAGUUAGAUCACUUGUGCUCUAGACCCCCCAAAUGUCGAUUACUAUAAUAAUAUUGUAACUAAAAUGUAACCGUAUACAGCUUGUUUAAUAACUUAUCAAAAUAGCACAGCGAAUUCAGCACUUUAUGUAGACGUAAAUCAGAGUUUGAACUUAAUAUGAUACAUAGCUGUACUUUAAGAUGAUAGCCAAUGACAUCCUGUUUUAAUCAUAUGCCAUUGUGUUAUUAUAUAAUAUUAAUUUUGUUUAAUUAACUAAAACAUAGAUCUUCAGUAGAUCUUGUUAAUGCGUUGGGUCAUUAUUUAUUGUUACAUACUUUAUACUGAACAUGAUAAAAUCAUCCGUUAUAUAUUUAUAAUAUGUAUUAUACACGUGUGUGGACAAUAUAUACCUAUAAAAUGUGCUUUUACGUCACAUGUAUAUCUCAUCGCCUUUGAAUCAGAUGUAUGGAUAGUCAGAUCUGUAUAAAUGUUGUUUUUGUGUAUGUUGUAGGAUAUAUUAAGCCAUUACAACUCGGUGUGUAGAGAAAAGAAGGAGCAUAUAUCGUUAAUUAAUGUUGAUAAUUAUAGUCUGUGAUAUAUAAAAUCCUUAAUAAACAUACUGAUAUUUAUAUUAUUAUAAUUAUGAUGUAGAAAUGGUAUAUUUUAAAGGAAUAUUUUCCGUAUGUAUUAGAAUUUGUUUUCUUUACCUUUUAAGCGUCUCUUGAAUCAUAUAAUAAGUAUGGGCGAAGACUAUUGUGAUACAGUGUACAUUGUUCUUGUCGAUCGCUUUACAAAAUUUGUGUUGUAUUAAACUUAAAGAUUGAAUACCAAAUUUUGUUUUAGAGAUAGUAUAUGUCCCAGGACGUCAUUUGACGAAUUUGGAGACUGCAAACUACAAUAUUAUGAAAGUCCAAUAAAUGAUUCUAUCCCAUUCAAUAUUUACAAAUAUAUGACGAAUUAAACUAAAAUGUCAACAUUUGGCAUCAGAAUAAAUGGGAUAUAGUUAAAGCAACCAAUAAAUGGUUCUAUUUCCGUUCAGUACUUACAAAGAAUCAGAUAAUGAUGAAUUAAACAUUUGUCAACAUUCGUCAUCAGAAUAUUAUAUAAACGCAAUCUGAUUAAAACACAGAUCCUAUUUCGUUUCGUUUUUUAUAGUUCAAAAUUUCGCCUGGCAGGACCUGGCAGAGUUGUUAUACAGGCACUCUAGUUGAGGUGAGGAAUUAGCCAAUUAAACGGUCCUUUGCGGUGAGUUCUUGCGUGCUAUGCAAGGAACCUAGAAACGUCAAUGCUGAUUGAUUAAUUAAUAUCUGACGUCAUGGGGUCAAAAGUCGCUCGUAUGACCCCUGACACUACUCCCCCGCCCCCAUUACAGCUGAUAAGAUCUUCAUGUAGUGUAGGCUAUCGAAAGUAUAAUAAACGAAACGAAAUAUAGAUCUGUAUUUUAAUCAGAUUGAUAUAAACGGGAUAUAUAGUUAAAACAACACAGCGUCACCUAUUAAUCUGAUUGAAAUAAAGCCGGGGAUCAAUUUGAAUACAUUUGAUGUUUUCCGUAAAAAAAAACAACCCACAAAUGACGCACAGAGACUUUAACUUUAGAGGUGAAAGUCAUCCUUUGGCAUUAAUGACAAAGUUAACGUGCAUGGAUUUGUAUAUGCGCACAUUGCUGUUUGGUCGUAUACUGACUAGCCCCGUUUGUCUAUCGGUAUGUCUACUGUGUACAGAAAUGUACAUGAUUUGCAUUCCCGGCAUGACUUGUUAAAAUUGGAAAACACAGUCUAAGGAAAUGUUGAUCGUGUAAAUCUAGUGACGCUGUACAUAGCGACAAAGGUUACUAUCCAGUCAGCAUGAGCUUUAUAUGCAGUUUAUAUAUUAGUGAAAUGGAAAAUUCUAUUGAUUCUAGAGUUAUCGCCUUUGAUGACUUUGUACAAUAUGAAUUCUCCGGAAUUAAAAGCUAUCAUCCGUCCUGCAUGAAAUUCAUAUACAUGUAGAUUGUUCGGAUCUUAACGCUGGAGUUUGGGGGAUUCUUUAAAUGAAUGAUUUUAACGACCAAAAUCAUGGUAUAAUCUUCUUGAAAUGUAUUAUUGCAAUCAAAAGCAAUUACAAUUUCGGAUAAUUACUUGUCAUUGAUUAUGUCAUAGAAUCUUGUAUUCGUUCCAAUGUGAUAAUACAGUAUAAAGAUUUAGCUUUUUCUACGCACAGAUUUUCAUAUGAACGUAAUACUAUUAUGCCGUCUCUGCCUGUCCAUGUGGACGUCCGUAUGUACGUUUACAUUGACGAUUCACAUUUAUUUGUGGACAUUACACAACCAUCGCGAACGAAACUUGCACCACCCUCUUUACGCAAAUCAUGUAAUAAGCUUAUAUAUACAAACGUUGUGUCCGAUUAAACUUAAAAUAAAAUACGUGUUAUUGUCAAAUUUCAAAAGGUUUUGGAUGAGUUCGAUUUUAGUGUUCGUCAGACCUUCCGUUCCGGAGUUACGGCCGCUGUUUUGUACGCAAAAUGUGAAAUAUGUACAAAGUUUGUGAACGCUCCCGGGAUCUUGGAUGAGUUCGAUUUUGGUGUUCCCGGUCUUUGGCGUGCAUCUGAUCUUCCAUUCAAGAGUUAUGCCCCUUUUCCGAAAACCUCUUGAACACGAUUAUUACGGCUUGAGUUUUUAACCGAUUUCUUUUUUUCAAAUUCAAUGUGAAGCAUUGUGACAAUGAUCUUUAUUGAAUUUCCCCGUUCUCCACCCAUCAUUUACAAAAUGUUGACGUAUCUUGCAUGGUUAUCUCUGUUUUAUUUAUCUGAAGAUUCACUAGACGACUUAACUGAUGUAGGCAAUGUAUGGAAAACCUCAUUAAACAAAAAUAAGCCAUAAAUUCCCUAUAGAUAUGGGUGUUUUAUUUUUUAAUACAACUGUUAUUUGUUAAAUAAUGUCAUUCAGUAACAUUGAAAUGAUUAAAAUAAGUUAAGAUAAAUAUAUACAGGUGUGUUGGGUAUAAUAAAUUUUGCUCACUUUUAUGGGUUGUGCUUGAGUGUAAGAGGUAAUAAAAGUAUAAUAAUUUGAUUAAUAUUUCUGAUGUUACUCAGAUUUUGUUCACAUAUUGUUUCCUCUUUUCCACAUAUAAAUAAAUUAUUAUUUGUUUUUCAUUUUGAAAAAAUAAAAGAAAUAAAAAUAAUUGUUA